CUCGAACUUCUGCCGCGCAAAACCGAAACAAGACCCCACUGUUGAGUCCACAGCAAGCUUCCGCUCAACCGCUCUCCACCACCACCAUCAAUAUCUCCGGCGACACAGAAACCAAAUUUAAAUUGAGAAUUUCCGACAAACCAAACCAGCCAUGAACACCACCGCAACCAUAUCCACCAGGGAACAACAAUCACCACCCCCACUAUCGGACACCGAUAUCAUCCGAGUAGCCCAGUCCUGCUCCCCAAUCCCCACCUACCUUCUCUCCACAGCGUCCCACCCAACCCUCCUCUCUUACCUCACAGCCCGCGCUCAAUCCACUUCGCCGUCGAGGCCAGUCUCCGACUACACCGUCUCUCUCCUCUCCCUCAUCGCUCUGUCUCCCCAAUUCGAUUCUCUCUCUACCCUCCUCUCCUCUCUCCUCCGAUCCUACACCCAAAUCUUCACCUCCUUCGGAAUCCCACACGACGCCAACUCCCUCAAAACCAUCCAAUUCUUCCACCCCCUCUUGCCCCACGUACCCAUCACCAAUCUUCCCCAAAUAGUCGAACCCAUUGUGUCAUUUUUGCCCCAAAUCGUCGAUUUGGAGGAUGCCCAAAUCCUUGACCUUCUUCCCCGGUGCUUGAACUUGAUUCGCAACGCUGAGGAGAUUGAACGCGGCGGGCAUUUUGUCAAUUCGGUGAUUGAUAAGAUUCUGGAGGUUAAUUGGUCAAAAGGGUUGGUGAUCAAGAUGGUUUCGAUUGUCAGGGACUUUCCGGUUCUAGAUAAAACGAGGGCUAGGGAGUUUGUAGACAAGGUGUUUGUGGGAAUGUCAAGGUUAGACUUGCAGGACUUGCCGUCGAUUGUGUACCAGCUGCUGGUUUUGGCGUCUAAAGGGUUUGUUAAGAGAGAGGUAGUUGAAGGGAUUGUGAUGUUUUUCGGGUCGAAAAUGGCGUCAAAGGCAACCUCUAUUGUUAGACAGGUUGAAGGGACUGUGUUGCUUCAUGUGAACUUUGCAGUAAAGCAGGAUCCUACACUAGGACAAGAGGUGAUGGGACUUGUGAGGUCGGAUCUUAGAGCUUUCAAUCACUUUACAGUUGCUGUUUUGUUGUCGGUUUCGAGGGUUCGGAAGUUUGGUGAGAGCUCGAUGGGGGCUUUGAAAGUUGCGCUGCUUACCGCGUACCGUGAUUACAAGUUUGCUAAAGAUUGUAAGUGGAUACCUAAUGACAUGAAGGAAGAACAUCUGCAGAAUGUCAAAAUAGUGGAAAAGGCCAUAUUAAGAGCUGUUAAUGAGAGCAACUGUGGAAGAGAACAUAUUGUGCCGAGCAUUUUGCAGCUUGCGUUUUUAUUGCUAGAGUCAGCGGAUGAGGGAAGUCGUCAAGAGGCUUGCAAUCUAAGUGGUUUGUUAGGCAUUGAGGAGCUUGCUGUUCAGAUGCUGAGAACUCUAUUUGAGGCCCAUGACAUGGCAAGGAAUGAGAUUAUCGAGCAGUGUAAAUUUCGCAUCCUUUCUUUAAAGCCAGAGCAGAGCAUGGCAAUCAUAAGACUGCUUGGUAGUCUGGUUCAAAUUUAUCCAUACCCCAUGCUAGAACAUGUUUCCCGUCUGAAGGAAUUGUUGGAUUAUUUUGCUUUCAUGCAUGGCAAGGUUGCUGCUCAUCUUGUUUCUGUUUUAUUACCUCUCUUGAAGUUCAGCCGCGAUCUUCAGAAUUACACAAUUUUGGUAAUGCGUAAGGCGAUGUUUAGACGAGAAGAUGCGAUUCGUCUUGCAGCAACUGGUGCUGUCAUUGACCUAAUUCUAGCAGAAAAGCAAUCCAAGAGAGAUGACACAUUACUAUUUCAAGAGUCAUCUAGCCAAGCCAGUAGCAGCCAGCAAUCUGAGAUGCGCUACAGUGUGGGGGGAUGCCUUUUUCAAGAGCUUAGUGGUUUGCUACAGAGAUGUCUUUAUCAGCAGGCAAAUGUCAAAGAAGUCAUGUAUCAUGGACUUAUGAAGCUUGUGUUGGUGGACCCGUCAAGUGGUGGAGCUGUCUUUGAUUUUCUGUUACCUCACUUCCUCCACUUCUAUAAGGAGGAUGAAGACGUUCACCUACGAAUCAACUGCUGUGUUAAAUCAGAGAGUGGCAAGGUUUAUAUAGAAGAGCCCUUAGAUUGUCUUCUGUCUUGUAUCUCUUGGAUGCUACUUCUACAACCGCAUGGUAAAACUGAGCACUUGGAAAAUUCAUGGGCAUGUUUGGGUUUCUCCCUUUCACAAGAAAACGAGGGAGGAAGAAAUUUGUCAGGUGAUUCGUUCUAUACUGCUUUCUUGAAGAUACGGAAGUCGUUAAGAAAUCAGAGUUUGGAAGGCAUCUUUGGUCAAUCUCAGGAUUCCGGUUCUUCAUCUUUUGAAGAGGACAAAAGAAAAUGCUGCGCAUUUGUUUUAUCAGGAAUUAUUGAAGUAGUCUUGAAUGCUAUUGCUACUGAGUUGGAGAAAUCAACAGACAGAAAGAAGUUGGAUUUGGAAAAGGAGCUUAUUGAGUUUGUUGACCUUCAUGAUUCAUUGGAUAAGGAUGCAGGUAUCUCCAAGCAGAGUACAACUAUCAGAAGAGGGAAUCCUCGCACUACUGCUCACGAUAUGACCAACAACACGGAUUCAGGCCAAUCAAAAGUGACACAAGGACGAUUAUCUUUCUUUGCAACUUCAAGUAUAUAUCAGAUCUUGCAAACAGUAUUGAAACUACUCAAUACUGAUAAUUCUGAUAAUGUUGCGACUUCCCAAAACCAUAGCCAGUUGACUAGCAAAACAACAAAAUGCUCUGCUAAGAUGAUUUGUUUUGUGUUGAAUGCAUCCCUCAAUCAUAUAAAAUCUUCCUCUGUUCUGCGAAAUGAAGAUCCAUUGAGAACUUUGAUCUAUGGGGAACUUAAGAUGCUAGGACCCCCCUUGCUGAAGUUGAUCAUUUUGCUCAAAUCGGGGCCAAAGAUGUCAGAUCAAAAGAAAAAGGAAGCUAAAGGAAAGAAAGAUGUUCAUGGACAAAGGGACCAUCUUCAUCUAGCCUUGAUUUGCUUGAAGGAGUUGAUAAUGAUUUGUUCAUCAACUUCACACUUGACUGGUUUGCUUGAGGAUAUGGUGUCAAUCUCCACUCUUCAGCAUGCUGAUUCAAAUAAUGAAAGUGAAACAAUCUUGAUAAUUGACGAUCAACAUUUACGAAGCAAAGAACUGUUCAUUGUCAAAACCUUGAAGCCUCUAUUUUCUGAGCUUCUGGCACUUUCAUUCUUCAGUGAAGUUGAGAUCAUCUCUGACAUGAUAAUGAUCAUCGGGUGCAAAUUGCCAUGUGAACUGAGUAACUCCCAUGGAGCUUGGGCUGUUAGUGUUUGCAAGAGCAAUGAAAUAUUAAGCUCCAAGGUCGGAAAAAGCAUUGUGAGGCUUGCUAUAUGUUUAAGCUCCCCACCAGAUGAUUUAAUUAUAUCUCAAGAUCUGGCUAGAGAGCUGUUACAAGUUAUUGGAUCAGAGGGAAAUGAACCUGUGAAGGUGUCUGAAGCGUACCCGGUCAUAAACCAUCUGACAAGCGCCGUAUUAAAUUCUUGUGUACUGCACACAAUUGAAGAAGUUAUAGCUGAUAUGGAUUGGGCCACCAAAAAGUUGAAGACAUUCUCUUUAGUCUAUCAAAAAAUGGUUCAUUUCAGUCAGAACAACGAGCAAUCUUCUGAGUUGGCAUUUGAGGAAAAUCUUUACCCUAGGGCGGGAGCAGUGGUGAAAGUACUAUCAUCCUUUGUUUCAAUGAACCUCAAUGAUACUCAAGCUGAGAUAUUGCUGCGAUUGGCUGCGAGGUUUUACAAGCAUUUAGCUCAGAUGUCAAAGCUUAGGAUUGCUCCUAAAGGUUGCAAACAGAUCUUUCCUAGCCUCAAGUUUCAGAAGCUUGUGGAAGUAACCUGUAAACAGCUGACGAACCCGUUGUAUGUCUUUGUGGACAUUAUGCAAAAGAAACAACAAGAAAAUGCUAACAAAAAGGGGAUCAUCAACAAAAUAAAGAGGGAGAACAGAUGCAUCCCAGACCUGAUAUAUCAGAUAGAAGACUACGAAAAGUAUCUCAUCCAGCUUAGCAAGGUGUGCAAAGUGAAUCUAUUAAAGCACGCCAAGCGAAGCACUGCACGCGAUUUCAGAAUAUUCCCGAAAGAGAAUGCCACUCCAAGUGAUGAAGCAAACCAUGCCAACUCCAAUGCAGUUGAAAACGAGUCAGCUGAGGAUCUCAAUGCCAAUGACAACGAAGGCGACGAUGACGACAGGUUGGAGAAGAUUUUAUCAGCAGAAUCGAAUAGUCCUAUGGUUGCAGAGGAUUCUGGCUCGGAGAAUGAAGAAGUGGAUGGCCUUCCUAGUCCAAAGAGGUUGAAGAGAAACAACAGAGUUGUGGAGGACUCUGAUGAUGAAGCCUAAUACAAAAUGCACCCGACUGAUAUAUAUAUAUAUACACACACACUCCACACACACUAUAUAUAAUAUAUAUGAGGGAAAUUUUGAUAUUUCUAAGUUGGCCAUCUUUCUAUUUUCAUAGAAUUUUAUAGCAAACGUUAUCCAUCACGAAUUUACAAUGAGUAUUAGGAUAAGUAAACCCUAACGGGUAGGUUUAUGGAAAGCGAGCAAAGAGUUGAGCCCCCAAUUUGAGUUCAACUCUCAUGGAUAUAAUCUUUGGGACCGCUGUCUUUGCUUUGGUGGACCAUUUGAUCCAGGAAUCAAAAAUAUACU